ACAGUCAGACAGAUGCAAUCUAACACGGCACCUAAAGCUGCGUGCUGAGGACUGUUGCUUUGUUGUGGAGUUUUUGUUGUUGUUUUUGUUGUUGUUUUGUCAUACAGAAGAAUAUUUUAAAGUGGAACUAACAUCCAUGAGGUGAUUAUCUUGAAAAUUACCACUGAAAAAAGGAUUAAUAUAUUUGAAAAGAUGGAUGACAUUGAUGCCAUGUUCAGUGACCUGCUUGGGGAGAUGGACCUCCUCACUCAGAGUCUUGGAGAAGAAACCAUUCCUCCUCCAGCUCCCCCCAAAUCCAAUGACGAGUCACACCUCUCUAUCGGCUUCACCGACCUAAAUGAGUCCCUGAAUGAGCUGGAGGACAAUGAUUUGGAACGCACUCAUUGGCUGAUUUUGAUGGCUGGCUCUCAAUGCAAGUGAGAGAAGCUGGCAGCAGAGAUAGAGGGCCUGAAGAUGCCAUCGCCGCCACCAUCAGAUUUCCCACCCCUACCCCAGGCCCUGAGCAUCCAGCCUUCCUCAUCCGCCAUUUCCCCAUCUUCACCAGAGAGCAGAAGCAGCAGCAGCAGUGCCAACACCCCCGCCUCGUCCAAACCGCCUCCGCCUCCUCAGUCUUCAAAGAAGACUACAGAAGAAAUCGAGGCACAGAUAAAGGCGGACAAAAUCAAACUUGCUCUUGAGAAGCUCAAGGAGGCAAAAGUGAAAAAGCUGGUGGUGAAGGUGCUCAUGAACGACGGAAGCUCAAAGACUCUAAUGGUUGAUGAGCGGCAGAAUGUCAGAGAAGUUCUGGACAAUCUGUUUGAGAAGACGCACUGUGACUGCAACGUGGACUGGAGCCUGUGUGAGACCAACCACGACCUGCAACUCGAGCGCAUGUUUGAGGACCACGAGAACCUUGUGGAGCCACUGCUAGCAUGGACGCGGGACACUGAGAACAAAGUCCUCUUUCAGGAACGGGAGGAAAAAUAUGAGGUUUUCAAAACCCUCAGUUUGUUCCCGCAGAACUUUUAUCUAUGGAAGAAGGACAAGAAGGCUUUCAAAGACAUAAAAGCCCAAGACAAAGAGAUAUUAAUACAGGAGAACUUUUGUGGGACCUCCAUCAUGGUGCCUGACCUUGAGGGAGUGCUCCACCUCAAAGAAGACGGCAAGAAGUCUUGGAAACAGCGGCUUUUUCAGCUGAGGGCCUCGGGAAUUUAUUACGUACCCAAAGGAAAGACCAAGUCAUCCCGUGACCUUGUCUGCUUUGUCCAGUUCGACAACGUAAAUGUCUACUAUGGCAAAGACCUCAAGAACAAAUACAAAGCCCCAACAGACUUCUCCUUCGUCCUGAAGCAUCCUCAAAUCCAGAUGGAGUCUCAGUACAUCAAGUACCUUUGCUGUGAUGACGCCUGGACCAUGAACCUGUGGGUAACUGGAAUACGAAUUGCAAAAUACGGUGCGGCAUUGUACGAAAACUACAAAACAGCUGAGAAGAAGGCGGCCAUCACCUCUGUGUGGACCAAUCGCAGCACUCCAUCAAGUUCCAGCUCCUCAACACCCUCCCCCACCAUCAAAGCUACAGCAGUGAGCCAGGCUAAUGGACACGCCCCCCAACCUAAACCAGGGCCUGUAUCAACGGAUUUAAUGCCGCCUCCACCUCCACCACUGACUGAGAUCCUUCCCCCGCCACCACCUGACCCAGUCCUCCCACCUCCACCUCCACCCGUAUCUGCCAAGACCUCUCCCAAACCGUCGCUCCCCACUCAGCGCCGCCUGCCAACUAAUUUCCCCCCACCUCCAACUGCAAUAGACAACCUCCCUCCCCCACCGCCGCCUCCGCCCACUGAUGACAUGUUUGAGGCUCCCCCAGACUUUCUCCCUCCGCCUCCUUCAGCCGCUGCCUUUAGAUCCCUGCCACCUCCACCAGCAGUCAACACUCUUCCACCACCUCCUCCUCCUCCAGCGGUUUUCAAAGGGAUGGACCAGUCGUUGCCUCCUCCACCAGCAGAUCCAGAGUUUUUACCACCUCCUCCACCACAGCAGGCGUUUACAGGAGGAGGAGCUCCUCCACCUCCACCGCCUCCACCUGUUGCUGCAGCUGACCCCCCGAGACCAGUGUUGCGGCCUGUUGGCUCAGUGAAGAAGAUGCCUCCUGCUCCCCCAAAGAGGACUACACCAUCGCUGCAUGGAGGAGGAGGUGGAGGAGGAGACUUUAUGUCAGAAUUGAUGCAAGCUAUGAAUAAGAAGCGCAACAAUCAUUAGCCCGAACAAAGACACUGGAGGAACUUUAACUGCACAACGAACAUCGCAACCCUGAAACAGCUUCGAUGAAAUGAACAAAU